AUGCUAGUCCAUACUGAUGCACCUGCCCGCUCGGACUUCAAGGCUGUGGAGGUUCUUUUUUUCCAUCAUCACCAGUUCCAAAGCCUCAAGAAACAAGCUCGAUGUUCGGCCUCUUCGGUCAUUCGACUUGCCUGCGCGAUUUCGUUACAGUCUUUCUGGCCCAACAAGUCGGCCAGUCUGGUUUUCCAGGGGAAGGAAGUAACCUGGCGGCAUUGGAGCAAGAAUCUUCCCCGAAACGAAAAGGUCGUGACGCUUCUUCAAGAGACUGGCCAUGACGAUACCACAACCGCCCAGUUGGCGAAAGAAGCAAGUUUCAGACACGCUUUGUCAGUCAUUGCGCUCGAAGAUGAUCUUCAAACGCUGUUAGACAUCCCUUCUCUGGCCAGUGUCAAGAGUAUUGACACAAACAUUGAAGUACUUUUCACGGCUAGCUGGGACCCCUUCACCAAGGGAAUACUGCUGAAGUGUGAAUACACGCCAUCCUGGUGCUCAGAUUGGCAAGCAAAACGUGUCUUGGCCACAUUUCGCCAGGUGCUACAGAGCAUUGUCUCGCAUCCAUAUUCACAGCUAUCCGACAUCGAGCUCCUAAACGACCUCGACCACCAACAGUGCCUGGACUGGAACCAAUGCGUCCCUGAACGUUCCGACACGUGUGUGCACCAGCUGAUUGAGCGCAACGUCCAUGAAGCGCCGUUGAGCCCGGCCGUCGAGGCUUGGGAUGGUCAAAUGUCAUACGCUGAGCUGGACGAGGCAUCGGACAAGGUUGCCCAUGAACUAUGCCAACGAGGCGUCGGCCCCGAGUCCACUGUUGCUCUCUUCUUCGACAAGAGCAUUUGGAAUACCGUUGCCACGGUGGCAGUCCUCAGAUCCUCUGGGGCAUUUGUACCCUUGGACCCUUCCCAGCCUGACAACCGCAUCUCUUACAUCCUGGGUCAAGUCAAAGCUAAGGUCAUCCUCUGUUCCAGGGGUCACGAGCAACGACUGCUUAGGCUCUCGGAAAACGUAGUUGCCUUGGACGAAGCAUGGAUCCAGUCAGCCCUGGACGCACCACUUCCGCACUCACUCUCCCCGCAGCCUUGGAAUCUGGCCUACAUCAUGUUCACCUCCGGAAGCACAGGGGAGCCGAAAGGAGUCAUGAUCGACCACUCCGCUUGCGCAGCCGCCGUCAUAUCCCACGGCAAGGCCACCGGGUUCAGCCAAAAGACCAGGGCUCUCCAGUAUGCUCGCCACACAUUCGAUGCCUCCAUUGCCGAGAUCUUGACGACGCUUGCGUUUGGCGGGUGUGUGGUCGUGCCGUCCGCAGACGAGCGGUUAAACAAUAUCACGGCCGUCAUACAAGAGAAGAGAGUCAACUGGGCUUUCUUCACGCCUUCUUUGAUUCGGCUGCUAGAGCCGUUCGAGGUCCCGGGCUUGGCGACGAUCGUCCUUGGCGGGGAGCCCAUAGGCCAGGACAACAUCGAGAAAUGGGCGCCUGGGCGCAGCCUCGUUGCCGCCUACGGCCCUACCGAGAACACAGUCUUUUCAACCAUGCACCCUUUGCCUCCUUCUGCCAAGGCCGGGGUCAUUGGCCGCGGCGUUGGCACGCUUUGCUGGAUUGCCGACCCUGAGGAUCCCAACCGCCUUUCUCCCGUUGGGGCACCGGGGGAGCUUCUUCUCGAGAGCCCGCAGCUUGCGAGGGGCUACUUGAACUUCGCGGAGAACGAAGGCCCAAACCAGGCUUUCAUCCGCAACCCACCUUGGCUGGCCAAGUUUGGUCGACGGUCCAGGUUGUACAGGACUGGCGACAUAUGUCGCUUUGAUCAGAACGGCGUCAUCCACUUUGAGGGACGGAAAGACACCCAACUCAAGAUCUCCGGCCAGCGUUUGGAGGCGUCCGAGGUCGAGUACCACUUGCGGGCGGCGUUCGGUGUCACGGACAUCGUUGUGGAUGUUCUCGAGCGUCCAGGGCUGGGGAGCAAGCCUCAGUCCAAGGCUCUUGUGGCUUUCGUUUGCAUGGAAAAGACCGCCGAAAGGGAGCUUUCUCAGUCGCCUUGCAUCAUGUCUCACCAGCACACACCUCUCUUGGAAGCAAUCCCCAAGGUCGAAGACGAGAUCUCCCAGAGGCUUCCGUCAUGGAUGCAUCCUUCGACUUACAUCCCUCUUUACUACCUGCCUCUGAGCCCCAACGGCAAAGCAGACGUCAAGCGGUUGCGUCGCGAAGCAGCGGCGCUCACGUCUGAUCAUUUCUAUUCGUUCGCGCAAACCGAGAAGAACACAAAGCCAGUCGAGGAGACAGACCAGCUUCGAUCGAUGCGGCAGCUCUGGACGGAAGUACUUGGUGUUCAGUCGGCCGCGAUACCUGCAACCAGUAGUUUCUUCCGUCUUGGAGGCGAUUCUCUUGCAGCCAUUGGGCUGGUCACCGCCGCGCGGAGAAAGGGGUUGCAACUGAGCGUCGCGCAGAUCUUCAAGACCCCCGUUCUGCACGAUCUUUGCCUCGUUCCAACAGAGAGCAAGAGGACGACAGUCAGCACGCAACGGCUGGAACUUCUGGGCGACAGCGCAAGCCAUUCGGAGAUUCUCGACGAGAUUGCGGAUGAAUGCGGCCUCGGUGUUGAGGACAUUGAGGAUUCGUUCCCCUGCACGCCCUUGCAAGAGGGGCUCAUGGCUCUGUCAACCUCAACUACGAACUCGUACCUGGUGCAGUACGUGAUGCACCUCCCAGCAGACGCCGACAUCGCGAGAUUGAAGAGGGCAUGGGAAUCGGUGGCCCAAGUCCACGGGAUUCUUCGCACUCGCCUUGUCGACACGCUUUCCUCCGGCAUACUCCAAGUUGUCGUCCGCGAGAGCCUGGCUUGGAGUGAGAGCUUCAACCUCGAAGAGUACCUCGAGAUGGACCUGAAGCAGCCUUCGAGCUUCGGUGCGCAGCUCAACCGCUUCGGUAUCAUCUAUGCCCCCAACGGAAGUGCCUCUUGCAUGGUCUGGACAGUACACCACGCCGUGACCGACGGUCAUGCUGUCGCUCUCACCCUGCAGUCUGUCCGGGCUGCUUAUGCCGGCGCUCUCAAGCCUGUUGAAGCCUCCUUUGCCUCGUUUGUCAAGUACUACAAGAGCAUGCACCAGGAGUCUGCAUCGAGAUACUGGAGCUCGGUGUUUGAGGGAGUCGAGCUCGCUACGUUCCCGCCAAAGCCGUUGACGGAUACAAGCGCUCCGGAACAGAAACAUUCGGCCUUCGCUCGUCGCACGGUACCUUUCCCGGUAUCGAGCACAGGAGCGACAGCCACAAACAUCCUCCGCGCGGCUUGGGCGCUGGUCAUCAGCCGCUUCAGUGGCUCCGACGAUGUCGUGUUUGGUGUCACCACCUCUGGGAGGAACGCGCCCUUUGACAACAUCGAGUCUGUUCUCGGCCCAAUCAUUGCGACGGUCCCGUUGAGGGUGCGGUGCGAUAGAAAGACUCUGGCGCACGACUUGCUGGAUAGCAUCCAGAUGAGCACCAUUAACAUGAUUCCUUACGAGCAGAUGGGCAUGCAAAACAUUGCGAGAGUCAACGCGGCAUGCCGGGCGGCCUGUGAUUUCCAGAGCAUGAUGAUCGUCCAGCCGGAGGUCGACAUGGCCGUGGACGGCGAGCCUUUCAUCGGCUUCGACAGGCCCCAGGAUCUUGACAAGUUCAGGUCACACGCCGUCAUGGUUGAGUGCAACCUCGGGCGGCGGUCUGUGUUCGUCAACGUCAACUACGACACUCAGUAUCUCGAAUCAUCACAGAUGGGGCGCCUUCUUGACUACUUUGAAAGCGCCUUGGACUUUCUGGUGUCCAGUGAGAACCAACGCAUCGAAGACUUCUCUAGCCAGCCGACCUUUCAAGAUCUUGCCGAUAUCCGCAAGUGGAACGAGAAGACUCCUUACACUGUCGACUCUUGCGUCCAUCACGUGUUUCAAGAGCACUCCCGCUCUCAGCCAGAUGCACAGGCUGUGUUCGCGUGGGACGGUCUUCUCUCCUUCGCCGAGCUGGACACUAUGGCCUCCCGACUGGCCCGCGUCCUCGUGGAACUACAAGUCGGGCCAGAGGUAAACGUCGCGUACUGCUUCGAAAAGUCCAUGUACACGGUCGUCUCGAUGCUCGCCAUUCUGAAGGCCGGCGGUACAAUGGUCCCUCUCGACCCGGCCCAUCCCCCUGAACGCAAGUCAUUCGUCAUACGAAAAAUUUCUGCGAACGUCGUUGUAGCCUCGGCCGCAAACGCAGCCAUGUUUCUGGACAUGGAUGUCCAUGUUGUUGUCGUUGACUCGGGUCUAUUUGCCCGACUCGAGGAACUCCAAGUCGCUCCGUUCUCCAGCACAGAUGUUCAACCGCACAACGCCGCCACCGUUCUCUUCACAUCCGGCAGCACCGGAGAGCCCAAGGGGGUUGUCCAAGAGCAUAAGACUUUGUGUUCAGCGGCACAUGCUCACGCGGGAGCAAUGGACAUGUCGGGAAGGUCGCGGGUCCUCCAGUUCUCUGCCCACGUCUUCGACGUCAGUGUCAUCGAGGUUGUCAACUCCUUCAUCCUCGGGGCGUGCAUCUGUAUUCCCUCCGACGAAGAGCGAAUGAACGACUUGUCCGGCUUCAUCACAAGAUCGCGUGCGGACUGGGCGUUUUUCACGCCAUCGUUCGCACGCACCCUGGACCCCAAGGACCUUCCCACGAUGAAGACUGUGUGCAUGGGUGGCGAGGCCAUGACACUAGAUGCCAUUCAGACUUGGUCCAGUCACGUCCAGCUCAUCAACAGUUACGGGCCUUGCGAGGGCAGCGUGUGCACAACCGCCAACCUCAGCAGCGGCCAUUUCAGAACCGAUGCUAUCGGCCGCGGUGCGAACUCGCUGAUUUGGAUCGUCGAGCCCGACAACCACGACAGGCUGGUUCCCAUCGGCAGCACCGGCGAGAUACUCAUCGAGGGCCCAAAUGUUGCUCGUGGGUAUCUCGGCGACCCAGAAAGGACGGCCAAAGCAUUCAUCACCAACCCGGCGUGGAUCACACAUUUCGAGGCCGGCAAUGUCACCAGAAGGAUGUACAAGACUGGCGAUCUCGGCAUGCUCAACUCUGACGGUACGAUUUCGUAUCUCGGGCGAAAAGACACACAGAUCAAGCUUCGUGGACAAAGGAUUGAGCCCGGGGAAGUGGAACACCAUCUCGCCAAGUUGCUGCCAUUGGGCAGCAUCGUUGUCGUCGACGCCCUGUCAUUGCCAGGACUGUCAACAAAGUCUUUGGUUGCCUUCAUUGAACUCGGCAGCCAAACAAGCGGUUUCGUGGAACACAAAGAUGUUGUCGUCGACGGACUUUCUGAUCGUCUCCGGCAACAGCUUGCCUCAGUCCUCCCCGCUUACAUGGUCCCAUCCCACAUCAUCACUGUCAAGCAGAUUCCGUUUACCUCGACGGGCAAGCUUGAUCGACGUGCGCUCAGGGACUCUUCUUCGUCACUGUCUGUUGCCGAGGUUCCAGAGACCCGGCUUGUUGAGGAUGACGCUGCCGCUGUCGCUGAUCUUCUACGAGCCGACGAGCAUAUAGCCGUGUGUAUCGGCAACAAGCUCGCCGAUCUUCUCUCUGGAGGCGAUCAUCAGCUCGCAGAGUCCCUGCGCGGCCACAACUUCAAUCCGUACUACGCUGGGAUGGACUCGAUUCAGGUCAUUUCGCUUUCGACAUUUGUCCGAAAAAUCUAUAACGUCAGCCUGCCCAUUCAGAAGUACAUGAACAGCGCAGCGACCAUCCGAGACAUCGCGCAGCUAGUCAUUGACGACCGCCACAGCUCUCACCAAGACGAGGAACUCGACUUGCUUCGCGACAUAGAAGUCCACGACCAGAAACUCGGUGCUCUCCCGCUCCCAAAAUCAAGUGAGACGCGGGCCGGUCUUGUCGAAGUCAUCCUACUUACGGGAGCAACCGGAUUCCUCGGCAACCAGUUGCUGGCACAAAUUCUGGAACGACCAGAGACUCGCAAGGUGAUAGCCCUAGUGCGGGGCCAGGACUCUGAACAUGCGACUGAGAGACUCAUGAAACUUGCCGGCGGCAGCAGCUGGUGGUUGGAGGAAUACUCCAGCCGCAUCGAAGUAUGGCAUGGCGACUUGGCAAUGCCGCGCCUUGGUCUCGGAGACAGUCAAUGGGCACGCCUCGAUGGCACGAGCAUGAAUGGCGACUUGGUUGAUGCGGUGGUUCACAACGGAGCAGUGGUAAACUGGAUGGCAGAUUACCAAGCGUUGACGCCAGCCAACGUGCUCUCCACGGUUAGCCUCCUGACGGCCUUGACACACGCGGCGGCAUCCCGACCCGUGCGCUUGACCUAUGUCUCCGGGGGCCAUCUGUCGACUUCUCCGGACAACGUUUUGGAGAUCGCCCAAGAGCUCAAGCUGUACCCGGCGUACAGUCAGACGAAAUUCGUCGCCGAGAUCCUGGUUGCGCGGUACGCUGAGCGGCUCACGAAGGCUGGCUACGGGUCUCUGGUGAGCAUCGUGAAGCCAGGCUUGAUCAUGGGCAGCUCCUCCGAUGGCAUCUCGAAUACCGACGACUUUCUCUGGCGAGUAACAGCAAGCGCAUUGGACAUCGGCCUGUUCGACAAUGACGAGCGCGACCUCUGGCUUGCUGCAGCAGGAGUCGAUCUCGUAGCCGAAACGAUUCUGAACAGCUGCUUUCGCAAUCCGCGGGAUGACGACGCUCCUGUUGUCAAGAAGAUCCUCAACGGCUUGACGAUGGGAGAGUACUGGAACAUCGUCAUCCAGGAAACAAACAGCGUGACAUCAGCCACAGACUCCAAGUCCUGGCUACGCGCUCUUCACGAUGAUGUCGAGGAGAAGGGGUCCACGCACAGACUCUGGCCGGUGCUGCACUUCCUCGACGACACGGGAGGUCAACUCGGACAGCCUUUGGGAUCGAUGAAGAGGGAGGACCAGCUCGAGCACCAGGGCUCGGUGAAAAUGGCGCUCAGGAAGAGCCUGCAGUACUUGGUCGCCAUCGGAUACGUGAAGUCGAGCAGGACAAGCAGCGUGGACGGGGACAGCUCGACCGAGCCUACGCUGCUGUCCCCCAGGCCACAGGUGUUUUCGAGGACGCCCACAACCCCGAUCUGGAACCAGGCAACGGUGGACUCGAAGCGUUUGGGGUAUGGCCGCAGCGAUACGAAGUCGGCCAUGUCCGUGUCAGUCGCGGUCACGCCGCUGAGGACACCAAGCCCUUCGUCUGACUUUGUAGACAUUGUGUGA